UUUGGGACGCCCUAAGGUCCUCCCCGAAGUAUCUGUGUUCCCCUUCAAGCUCCUACUAUGGAUCAGUUGAAUUGUGGAAAUUGCGAGAGAUUUUUCAGCUCCAUGAUCAAACUGUAAAAGUUGCUUUGUCAGAUUUGUCAAUUAUUGAGUUGUGUAAACGUCUUGUUUCGUUACCUAGUUGCUCAAGUUUGCUAUAUACACGCUGUUUAUUCUGUAGCGAAGAAAUUAUGAAAAGCUGUUUUAUAUGUUGGAGAGUUAGGUUUGGAUGGUAACUAUGUUUUUUGGAAGUUGGGUUUUUGAGCUAGGAUUUUUCAAGCUUUGAAUUGAUGUGUUUUUGUAACCUUGGAGUAAUUGUGUUAGUUUGCAUGAAAGUAGAAGAGUGUAGGAUUGUGGUAGAGGUUCUUGUGUGAGGGGCUUGAUUGUGAAAAGGAGUCUAAUGGUGGAAAAAACGGAAGAUGCUCCUGUUGGAGCGGUCCCCGAGGACGCGAAUCAACAUUGUCCUGGGACGAUUGUCUUGGGAUUGUCUUAUACGAGGCCUCGCUACCUCUUUCUCUUCCUCCCCCAUUUGUGCCACCAAAAUUGUUUUGCGGGCUGUCCCUCCCUCUACCCCCAAUUUGAAGGCUUUGGAAGUGGAGUUUAACAACAGAGACAAAUACAUCUACUCUGCAGAAUUUCUUUGUGUCAAAAGUUCUACAGUUGACAGUCAGCGUCAUUCAGCGAGAGGAACAAUUAGGAUAUUUCUUCAUCUUUAUAUCUGGCGUUGCGGUCAUUUUCAUUAAUAAUACGAAAAAAUAUUUUAGGCUCCUAACCUUCUACUCGCAAUUUUGAAUUUGAACUCCAAGCCUUGCACUGCCAAUGGAUGUCGCCGCAAUUUUUUCCUUUAAACCUCUGUCUGGAUCUACAUUGUGAGCAAUGUUCCAACCAAGUGGAAAUGACAAUGUGCAGGCAGUUGUAAGAAGGAGACAUGUCACCAUCAUAUCAGUUGAACCCACUGGAAAUUAUGCAAUCAGGUAAACUCUAUUAAAAUUACAAUCUGAAUGCCCAAGAGUACUGUGGAAUUCACCCACUAAACUUCAGGUUUUUUCUUCUAUGUUAAUCAAUGAAUCUGUUCUUGCAUCAAGUGGCAGGCUCAAGUUCUCCCAACUGAAACUCUAGAGACAUCUUGUACAUGUUAUGGUGCACAGUUGUUCAGAAGUAUUUGCACCAUGCACAUCCUAUUUUGUUUCUCAACACUGUUUUUGAACACAGACCCCUCCUGUGAUCAGAAGCAUCUAAAACAUAUCAUUGAUGCCUUACCACAAAAUAUCGUUUGACGACUUGCAUGACACUGGGAUCUACACUUGGAGCUAUCUUCAUUCUCUAAGCAAAAAUAAGUUCAAGUUGAUGCGAGAGUAUCUUAGGACCUUGAAAGAGCAAUCAGCUGUGACUUUGUGACGAAAACGAAGAACAGAACGUGAAUUUGGUUCCGAAUCCUGAGGUGGGCUAAAAUUACUCUGGUUGUCUGUAACACAGUGGUGUUGGCUUUCAAGGCAGUGAGGCCCCAACUGCUCAGCUUAUCUUGACAGUAACCUCUGCAAUCUUUUCUAGUGAUGAGAUUCCAAAAUAAUUAGUUCGUUGUGAUCGCUCAAGCAAAGCUUUGAAGUUCAAUGAGCACAAAUUUUUGGAUUCACGACAAAUUUACAUCACCUACUAAAUAAUUGAGCAAUUGAGAUUCACAAGUUGUAUUUUUUGAGUCCAUUUAGAAAUUGAAGUUGUAGCUUGUUGUUCA